AUGGUGGUCCUGCGGGCUGGGCUCUGCCCUGGUCUCACCGAAGAGAUGAUCCAGCUUCUCAGGGCGAAUGGCAUCAGGACGGUGGUGGACUUUGUGUCAUCAGACCUGGAGGAUGUUGCCCAGAAGUGUUCCCUGUCUUACAAGGCGCUCGUUGCAGUGAGACGUGUGCUCCUGGCCCAGUUCUCUGCCUUCCCUGCCAAUGGAGCAGACCUCUACGAGGAGCUCAAGAGCUCCACGGCCAUCCUGCCCACUGGGAGCCCAAGCCUGGACCAGCUGCUGGACUCCGGGCUGUACACGGGGGAAGUGACGGAGCUCAUGGGAGCACCGGGCAGUGGGAAGACACAGGUGUGCCUGGGCAUUGCGGCCAGCGUGUCUCUCGGCCUCAAGCAGCACGUCGUGUUUCUCGACUCCACGGGGGGGUUCACCGCCUCCCGUGUCUACCAGAUGCUUCGAGCCCGGACAGAGGACGAGGAAGAGCAGCUGGAGGCUCUGCAGCGGAUCCAGGUGGUCCGUGUGUUCGACGUCUAUGAAAUGCUGAGCGCCUUGCAGGAGCUGCGGGAUCGCCUCUCCCAGCAGGUCGUGAGCUCCGUGGGACCUCUCAAGAUCGUGGUGAUCGACUCUGUCUCGGCUGUGAUUUACCCGCUGCUGGGCGGCAAGCAGUCGGAGGGUUUGGCCAUCAUGAUGCAGCUAGCCAGGGAGCUGAAGACACUGGCCAGGGAGUUCAGUCUUGCCGUUGUGGUGACUAACCAGGUGACAAGGGACAGCAGCACCGGUCCACUGAAGCCGGCCCUUGGUCGCUCCUGGAGUUUUGUGCCCAGCACCCGGGUGCUGCUGGAGAGAAAAGAAGCCGCCUGGGAGAAAGCCACCAUGCAGCGCGUCGCUUCCUUGGCAAAGUCACUCCGGCAGCCGACGGGGAUACAGGUGGAGCUGGAUACUGGAAAUGGUGAUGUGCAGGAGCCGAGCCCAGCAGCACCCACACAGGGGCUCUGA